AUGUCAAGUUCAGAUAUUCAUUGUCAUUUUCUUUGUUUCCUGCAGGUUGUUGGCCGAGAAGGAGUGCUAGCUUCAACAGCCACACGUGAACUUCACUGUGGCAGAAGACUGGUGUCAGGCCUGUUCUCCCGGCCGCGGCUGCCGCUCGGCUACUCGUACGUGACGACGGUGCCGCGCGGGGCCUGCCGCCUCAACGUCUCCGAGAUCGUGCCCAGUGACAACUACAUCGCCUUGAAAGUGACGAAUGGUUCGUACAUCAUGAACGGGGAGUUCGCAGUCAGCGCCCCCGGGACGUACGAGGCGGCCGGGGCCCGGUUCACUUAUUCCCGCACCGCUGGCCUGGACAACGUCUUCGCCCUCGGCCCUAUACACCAUCCCAUCGACAUUAUGAUUCUCUAUACACAACCGAAUCCGAACAUAAAGUACGAGUUUCUAACAGACUCCGAGCCUGAAGAAAGCAACGACAUUCCGAUGAGCAGCCAGCCGGCCCACCACUUGCCGAGGCACCACCGGCAUCACCCCGAAACGCACAAGAAAGACCUCGACCAUUCGAAAUCGGAAUCUUCGUCGUCGAAGCAUCUAGAUUUCAGCGCGUUAGAAAGCCAAUCACAGAUCGAAAGCAACGUGAUCGGUGAUCGAAAAUUUGUAUGGAAAAUUCUGUCGUUCACGCAAUGCUCCAGGACUUGCGGUGGGGGGUUACAGAUAGGGAAGUUCAAAUGCGUGGAGGUGACUGGGAAGGAGGAUAAGGAGGUGUCUUCGGCGUAUUGUACUGGAGCUCCGCCCCCGACUCGGCGGCGUCGGUGUGGGGGCGCCCCUUGUCCCCCAAGGUGGAGGGCGGCGGCCUGGGGCGCCUGCCCUGUCUGCGGACCUGCCCAAAGGACCCGCAUCGUUGGCUGCGUUCAGGAUCACGCUAGAGGAAUCACAAAGAUAAGUGAUCAAAAGUGCCCCCUGCCAAUGCCGCCGAGCAGUGAACCGUGUGACAUUCCCAACUGCGACGGGACCCCCGUGGCCCCCGCUGAAAGCCCCCGUCUCGACACACGUCGCCAAGUGAGGCCCAAGGACCGCACCGAUGCCUUCCACGAUGGGCCAGUCAUAUCCCUGGCUACCAACUUCACGGAGAAUGACGUCACUCCAGCAAUGUCGCUGAAUUACAACUUUAACGCUGCUGGAGGCUGGUUGUACACGGAGUGGUCAGAGUGCGUUGGCUGGUGCGUCGGCGGCGGCGUGCAAUCGCGCGGCGUGCGAUGCGCGGAGCCUGGAGGAUGUAGCACGCGCGCGCCUGUCUCCACGCAAACAUGCUCGCCUAGGAAGCAGUGCGACGCGCAGUGGUUCACCAGUGAAUGGUCAGCGUGCUCCGCCCCUUGCGAUGGGCGUCAAGUGCGAGGCGUCAUCUGCAUCGGAGGGAACGGCAGGAGACUCAGGGACGGUUCCUGCAGGACCCUCAAGCCUGAGACUGAGAGGGCCUGCGGAGGGACCUGUGCUCCUUCGUGGUACUUAAGCGAUUGGAGUCAGUGCGAAGGUCCAUGCGAAGCGGGGGUACAAACUCGCACAGUAUGGUGUGCGAAGGGGGGAGAGAAGGGUGCGGGAGGGGCGGCGCGUGACGCAGAGUGCGCGGGCGUUAGACCUGCUGCUCGAAGAACCUGCGUGCCUUCCCGCUGCUCUACUAAGCCCGUCGCCAGGCCUAGGGUUGAACCCCAACCGCCUUCUGGUAAGAACCUUCUUCGUCUUUCUUCUUCUUCUAAGAAGCAGAGGUGCGCGCAUGGUAUGAUGUGCGAGGGAGAGAGAGAGAGAUGCGAAAUGCGCGGGCGUCAGGCCUGCCGCUCGAAGAACCUGCGUGCCUUCCCGCUGCUCUACGAAGCCCGUCGCCAGGCCUAG